ACAGAGGCACACAAUGAUGCAAGAUCAAAGCAUGAAGUCUCUCUUGUUACGUAUUGCAUCAUUAGAACCCAGCUCCACGAUCCACUGUCCAUUCCUCUCUUCCCUCCUUAACAAAUGUCUUCUACGAGUUUUCAAAUUCCCUACCCACCCUCCUUAUGACUCGAUGAUAAAGAGAGCAGUGAAGGAAUUGAAUGAGAAAAGUGGCUCAACCGAGGAAGAUAUCUCCAAGUUCAUCAGAAGGGAAUAUGAUAAUGAUUUGCCAUUUGAUCACGCGUUUAUUCUUCAUAGUCGUCUUAAGAAGUUUUGCAUGAGUGGAGAACUUUUGUGUACCGAGAAUGGCAAAUAUGUGUUUGUUGAUUGUGAAAGUGAAGUGGAAGAAGAAGAAGACGACGAUGAAGAAGAUGAAGAGGAGGAGGAUACUAACAAUGUAAAUUAUUUUCACACUAUCAUCAAAUAAAAAGCCAUGUAUCCGUUGUGUCAUUUUAAAUCAA